CAUCGUGAAACUGGGACAGAGUAACAAUAUCCAAAUUCCAGCAUGGCACGGCACAUCCGUAUUCCCGGGCCCAUCUUCCCGCGCUGGCAAACCUGGCCGGAGGCUACGAGGGGCAGAAGAUUCAAAUUCACCUAUCGGCGCCAGAAUAUUUGAAGGGAGGAGGAGCACCCAGAGAGGAUAGCAGUCACCAUGGAAACGGCACGCCGGAGGCUGCACAGCGGAAAACGCAUACGUUUCGGCCCAACAUAACGUUAAAUUUAAUAGAAAUCUCACCCUUUCGGCAACCAAACUCAGCAGAAAAUACAGAAGACUGGUUAGACAGAGAGAAGACAUGGAAAAUUGGCCCUUACUGGAAAUUCAGAGAGCAGCAGAACUCGGAAGAAGGAGGCGGAGCGAAGACGGCAAAUCCAGAGACAGCCCGAGGCAGAUGGAGCUCCAGCAAAACUUUUAGGAUUUUGAGGAUAGAAGGCAGUUGGAGAGUCGGAGGCGUUGGGGACGCUGACAGGCGGCAGUUCAGUUGGAGUUGGAGAGCUGGGAAGUGGAGUUCAGAGGUGGGCGAGACAGUCAGUUUGUAGCGGCAGGAUGGAGAAGGACAGGCGAUGGAGGGAGUGAGUUCGAGCGGAGAGGAGAGUUUGAGAGGAGGAGUCGGCGGUGAUAGUUCUGGAGGAGGAGGAUGGAGGACUGCCUGCCACUGGAGGACUCUGCGCCGCUCCGCCGUUCUGCCGCCCGCCACCACCGCUCCGCGGGCGGCCGCCAACUCUGCCACCCGUCCGUCGUCGCUGUGCCGCCCGCCCGCCGUUAAAUCUGCUACCAGCCGGCCGUCAGCCCUGUCGUCCACCGCCAACAGUUAAGCGUCGGGCCUGGACAGCCGGCGGCACAUCGACCCCAGUGUGAAGGAGCUCGAGUACAACCCGCGCUAUGACGAGCUGUUCGCGCCCGUGCUCGGGCCGGCCAACCCGGCGCAGACGCAGCAGAUGCGCGCCGAGCGCAACACGCUGGCCGGCUAUGUGGAGCCGGCUCACUUCAGCGCCUUCCAGUUCGAGAACCAACGCCGCACAUUCACCAGCUUCGGUUACGCGGUGGACCCGAGCACAGAGGCGGUGACCGAUGACGGAGCGGCGCGCAUGGUGGGUGCCGCCACCGCCUCCACCAGCGCCGACGGUGCGCACACCGUCUUUGAGAAGCCCAAGGAGAAGCGGCCGCUCGACAAGCGGAAGCGCGAAAAGAACUCGGACGCCAGCGACAUUGACGGCUACCUGGGGCCCUGGGGCGGAUUCGUCGACGAACAGAAGGUCAUGAAGCCCUCUGAGGAGGAGCAGGCCGAGCUGGACAUCAUCACGGCCAAACGUCAGAAGCGCGGCAAACAGACGGACGACAAGCCGAUGGAGGAGCGCACCAUACUGCACGUCAAGGACGCCUACGACUACCAGGGCCGCUCGUACCUGCACGUGCCGCAGGACGUGGGCGUCAACCUGCGCUCGGAGGACCCGCCCGAAAAGUGCUUCAUCCCCAAGAAGCUGCUGCACACCUGGCAGGGACACAGCAAGGGCGUGCACGCCACACGCUUCUUCCCCAAGUCGGGUCAUCUUAUUCUCUCCUGCGGCAUGGACUGCAAGAUCAAGCUGUGGGAGGUGUACAACCAGCGGCGCAUGCUAAGGACCUACCUGGGACACCGGCAGGCCGUGCGCGACAUCUGCUUCAACAACGACGGCACACAGUUCCUCUCGGCAGGCUACGACCGCUACAUAAAGCUGUGGGACACGGAGCGCGGCGAGUGCAUCUCCCGCUUCACCAACAAGAAGGUGCCCUACUGCGUCAAGUUCAACCCGGACGAGGACAAGCAGCACCUCUUCGUGGCCGGCCUCUCCGACAAAAAGAUCCUCUGCUGGGACACCCGUUCCGGGGAGAUAACGCAGGAGUACGACCGGCACCUGGGCUCGGUCAACACGAUCACCUUUAUCGACGAGAACCGGCGCUUCGUCUCCACUUCGGACGACAAGAGUCUGCGCAUCUGGGAGUGGGACAUCCCGGUGGAUAUGAAGUACAUCGCCGACCCGUCCAUGCACAGCAUGCCGGCCGUCACGCUCUCGCCCAACGGCAAGUGGCUGGCGUGCCAGUCGAUGGACAACAAGAUCUGCAUCUUCUCGGCCAUCAACCGCUACAAGCUGCACCGCAAGAAACAGUUCACUGGACACAUGGUGGCCGGUUACGCGUGCGGCCUCGACUUCUCACCGGAGAUGAGCUACCUGGUGUCGGGCGACGCCGACGGAAAGUGCUACGUCUGGGACUGGAAGACCACCAAGCUGUACCGCAAGUGGAAGGCGCACGACGGCGUCUGCAUUCAGACCAUGUGGCACCCGCACGAGACGAGCAAGCUGAUCACGGCCGGCUGGGACGGCGAGAUCAAGCUGUGGGACUGAGCGCGCGCGGUCACUCGGCCCCGAUCGCUGUGGGCCUCCGAUCACCGAGAUACGCGAUAUACACAUCGUUCGUCAUAUGUAUUUUCCCAGUGUCAUUGUCACCCGAUGAUCGCAGCCCUGCCAUGUUACGAAUGCGGAAUACAGGAUGAGUGGCCCGCCA